CUGGAAGUGAUCAAGGCUACUACCGAAGAAUUUCUAUCACUCGAGUUUCACGGUGAAAAGAACAAAGCGAUACGGCACAUCUACAUCGAAGCCAGCGACAGUCGAUCGGGUAUAGUCAAUCCGGUCGGAUUCCUCGAAGUCGAAGCCGAUGAUAUGUACAUUCUGCGUGACAUGUGGAUCCCAUUGGGUAAUAACCAGAAGGAAGCAAGAAGAACAGAUAUGAUUAACCGGACCGCUCUCCUGUUACGUCACGCACUCAAAUUCUCUGGGGUACGAACCGUGACACUGCUGUGUCGCUCCGUGGAUCCCGAAGAAACGGAAGCGUUGGUCAAUCGGGUAAUGGAGAUGACCAAUCGAACUUUGCUCAAGGAGGCCGAAGCCAUGGCGGCCAGUAGUCGGGGUGCGACCACGGGGAUGGCGUUCAAUUUG